AUGGCAUUCCGACUUGCGACCAUUCAGCGUCAGAUCUUGGCCGGCGACGCGGCGGUGAGUGGCGGUGUGCUGCCAUCGGCCGUGUCAGGGAACGAGGAUGCCGAGUUCGCCCAGCGCGUGCAGGAGAUGAAAACCUGGAUGAGUGGCGAGCGCUUCAAGCAUACCACCAGACCCUACAAGGUGGAAGAUGUGGUGAAGCUGCAAGGCACGUUUCCCUUGAGCUUCGCUGGUGCCAGAGUGUCUGAGAAGCUCUACAAGAUGAUGCGUGACCACCAGGCCAAAGGCACCUGCUCCCACACCUUUGGCGCCCUGGACACUGUGCAGGUGACCCAGAUGGCCAAGUACCUCACCUCAGUCUACGUCAGCGGCUGGCAGUGCUCCUCCACCGCCUCCACCUCCAACGAGCCGGGACCCGAUGUGGCGGACUACCCCUACGACACCGUGCCCAACAAGGUGGAUCAGCUCUUCCGCGCGCAGCUCUUCCACGACCGCAAGCAGUACGAGGAGCGCCGCCGCAUGUCUCCGGAGGAGCGCGCCAAGGCGGCUCCCGUGGACUAUUUGAAUCCCAUCAUCGCCGAUGCGGACACCGGACACGGCGGCAUUACCGCCACCAUGAAGCUGGCCAAGAUGUUCAUCGAGAACGGCGCCGCUGGCAUCCACAUCGAGGAUCAGAAGCCUGGAACCAAGAAGUGCGGACACAUGGGUGGCAAGGUGUUGGUCUCCACCCAGGAGCACAUCCAGCGCCUCAUUGCCAUCCGACUUCAGGCCGAUGUGCUGAACUCGCCCCUGGUCCUGGUGGCGCGCACUGAUGCGGAGGCGGCCACCAUGAUCGACUCCAACAUCGAUCCCAUUGACCAUCCGCACAUCAAGGGUGUCACCGUCAAGGGAGCGGAGCCACUCUUCGAGGCCAUGCGCAAGGGCACCGACAAGGACUGGGAACAGCGCGCAGGCUGCAUGACCUUCCCUGAGGCUGUGGCCAAGGAGUUGAAGGCCAAGGGCAAGGACGCCGCCCAGUGGCUGAAGGACUCUCGCAAGAUGUCCAUUGACCAGAUGAGGAAAGCUGCCUCUGACAUGGGUCUGGAUGUUUUCUUCGACUGGGAUUCCGCACGCUCCGUCGAGGGCUACUAUCGCAUCAAGGGUUCCACGGAGUUCUGCAUCGAACGUGCCAUUGCCUUCGCCCCCUAUGCGGAGCGCGUUACCCAGCUAGGCAUUCAAAUCAUUUCUGGCCUCAAUGGCCUCAAUGGCUGGGAGGACUGCAUUUGGAUGGAGACAGGUAAGCCCAUCUUGGCACAAGCCACGCAGUUUGCCCAGGAAGUGCGUGCCGCGGUGCCCCAUCAGAUGUUGGCCUACAACCUGAGUCCCUCCUUCAACUGGGACAGCGCCGGCAUGACAGAUGCGCAGAUGGAGUCCUUCAUUUGGGAUUUGGCCAAGUUGGGCUUCUGCUGGCAGUUCAUCACCUUGGCUGGCUUCCACUGCGAUGCCCUGAGCAUUGAUCUCUUUGCCAAGGAGUACGCCGCGCGCGGUGCCUAUGCCUAUGUCUCUAUGAUCCAACGUGAGGAACGCAAGAACAAGGUGAGCCGCGCCGUGCCCGUUCGGAAAGGUGACCAGUGCGGGAACAUCAUCGAACUGGGGAAAUUCGCCGUUGAAGUCAUAGUUAUAACCAUCCUGAAGUGGAUAGAGUAUGCGAUUUUCUAA